AUGCUAAUGAGGGUCCUGCGUACAGAACUCCUGAACAUCUCGACCGCAUUCUUCACGCACGCCUACCCGGCCGUCCUCUCCUUCGACACGUCAGCCCUCUCGGCGGACAACAAACGCAAUGCCCAGAUCCUGAAAUACCGCGCUCAAAUCGCCCUAGGACAGUCCUCGACCGUCAUAUCGUCGCUCAAACAAUCCCAGGAUGCGGCCUCCCGCUCCAUCGUCGCACUUGCCCAGAACGCAGCAGGGAACGGGCAGUCCGCGCUCGAGACCGCUCUCUCCCUAGCCGACUCGGACGGCGAGGAUAGUGUCGUGCAGAUCUGCGCCGGAACCGUCCUGGCCGCGCACGCCGAGUACACCAAGGCCGUCGACCUGCUCAGCAAGCACCAGGGCUCGCUCGAGGCCGUCGCGCUGCUGGUCCAGAUCCACCUGCUGCAAAAUCGCACGGACCUCGCGGUCAAGGAAGUCGCGGCGGCAAAGCGAUGGGCGCAGGACUCGCUGCUCAUCAAUCUGGCGGAGAGCUGGACCAACAUGCGCGAAGGGGGCGCCGAGAAGUAUCAGUCUGCCUAUUAUGUGUUUGAGGAGCUGGCGAGCGCGCCGGGCACGACGUCGCCGACCGCGCUGGUUGGGCAGGCCGUGUCGGAGAUCCAUCUCGGCAGGCUGGAGGAGGCGGAGGCGGCCCUGCAACAGGCGAUGAGCAUGGAGAACGCCGACGUCCAGGCCGUGGCCAACAGUGUCGUGCUCGCCAGUGUGAUGGGGAAGAAAGGGGAUGUCUUAGAGGGCUUAUUGCAGCAGUUGAAGGAGAAGGAUGCGGGGCAUGCUCUACUGAGGGACCUGGAAGAGAAGAGUCAAUUGUUUGAUGCCGCAAGUGCGAAAUAUGCUCCGAAAGUUGCAGGAUGA